AUGAUUAAUCCAAUGAAUUGGGCUACGGCGGCUCUCGCAUUUGCCACCGUUUCCGUGCAAGGUGCUGCCGUGCCUGCCACAGCCGGCCCCCUAAACGGACGCGCGGAGCCGCUUCCUACCGUCGUCUACCGAGGCAGCGCAAGCAUCCCUGAGACCAUCAAGGAGCGCGGCGGCUUCAUCCCCCGCCCGCGCGACGACGAGCCUAUCUCUAAUAUGACCUUUGGCCUCCGAAACCACCACCUCGGUAAGACGCGCACUGUGUAUACCUCGACGUCGCGAGACGUGGACGUUGCCGUGAGCUUUGCCCUAUCGAAUUCGCAGCCUAGCGCCUGGAUCUACAAGAUCCACUCAACGCCUAAUAUGAUUGACCUGAACGACUCAGGCUUCCGGCUCGUAUUUCUCCAGGAGGAAGAGUUCGUGGCUCUCGGUGGCGUCCGCUACGACCAGAUCGAGGCCUGGGCCCCGGCAAGCGGCGGCGAACUCAACUUCACGGCCAACCCGGACUUUGCCAGCAAGAAGUACGAGGGCCUGUCCGCGAGCCCUGGACAGCCGCAGCUGGCUGGCGACCAGGCCAACCUGGCCAAGUAUAACGAGAAGACGCUCGAGGAGUAUGCAAUUGAGUUUAUGGAGAAGAAUGGCGGUCCGGUCGGCUUCGACGGCACGUUCCCGCUCAACGUUCUUAAGACCGACGCGCCGGCUGAGCCUACUGACCCUAGAGAGAUGGAAGAAAAGCUCUGCUCUAACUCGGAGGAAGUGUUUAACCUGAGUAAGGCCGACUGCUACAACCAGGUUUCCCAAUGCGUCUUCGAACAACUCAGUAAGGGCAUGGUCAACGUUGACUUCAGCCCCAUCACUGCCUGUAUGAAUGCCAAGUGGCUCGUGGUCUAA